ACGUAGCGCUGCGGCGGCCGAGGCCGGGUCUGCGGAGCGGCCCUGAGGACAGACGUUGGGCGGGGGGGAGGGGCCGGCCCGGCCGGCGGUUGUUACUCGAGCGCCGCGGCUACAGGCCCCCCGCCGCAGGAUGGACCGCCGAGGCGGCGGUCGGGGCGGCGGAGGCGGAGGCGGCCGGCCCGGAUAAGAUGCUCCAAGUCACUUGGAGCUUUCUUCAAAAGAAAAGUCACUAGUGCUCUGCUCUUGCCAUAAUACCAAACCUUUUGACUUAUGCUUUGGUGCUGCAACACUGGAAGAAUUGCACACAGGUUCCAGGAAUACCUAUUUUUCAUUUGAUUCUUUGUGGAUGGAAAAAGAUUUGAGUCUUGAUAAUUACCCUGUUUUAAAGCUAUUUCUCUGUAGUCUGAACUGCUUCAUAAAUUGGGCCACUUACCAAUGAGCCACACAGCCAGUUCCUGUCAGGAGCUGGAUGAAAACUGUGCUGUGCAUGUAGCAGGGAUGGCACAGGAGGAUAGCCGUCGUGGUCAAGUGCCAUCUACCUUUUAUCAUGGUGCCAACCAAGAACUUGACCUGUCCACCAAAGUGUACAAAAGGGAAUCAGGAAGUCCUUAUUCUGUGUUAGUGGACACCAAGAUGAGCAAACCGCAUCUCCAUGAAACAGAGGAACAGCCAUAUUUCAGGGAGACAAGAGCAGUGUCUGACGUGCAUGCUGUUAAAGAAGACCGGGAGAAUUCUGAUGACACAGAAGAGGAAGAGGAGGAAGUCUCUUACAAAAGGGAGCAGAUCAUAGUGGAGGUAAACCUUAAUAAUCAAACAUUAAAUGUAUCUAAAGGGGAAAAGGGCGUCUCUUCUCAGUCCAAAGAGACUCCUGUUCUUAAGACACGCAGUGAGGAGGAAGAGGAAGAGAGUGAGGAAGAGGCCACAGAUGACAGCACUGACUAUGGAGAGAACGAAAGGCAGAAGAAAAAGGAGAAGAUAGUGGAGAAAGUCAGCGUUACACAAAGGAGAACGAGGAGAGCUGCCUCUGUUGCCGCAGCUGCCACUUCCCCUACUCCCAGAACCACAAGAGGUCGUAGGAAGAGUGUAGAGCCACCUAAGCGUAAGAAGCGGGCCGCAAAGGAGCCCAAAGCACCAGUCCAGAAAGCUAAGUGUGAAGAGAAAGAGACUCUGACCUGUGAGAAGUGCCCCAGGGUCUUUAAUACUCGCUGGUACCUGGAGAAGCACAUGAACGUUACUCAUAGGCGCAUGCAGAUUUGUGAUAAGUGUGGCAAGAAGUUUGUCCUGGAAAGUGAGCUGUCCCUUCACCAGCAAACAGACUGUGAAAAAAAUAUUCAGUGUGUUUCCUGUAACAAAUCAUUCAAGAAACUCUGGUCCCUUCAUGAACAUAUCAAGAUUGUCCAUGGAUAUGCAGAGAAGAAAUUUUCCUGUGAAAUUUGUGAGAAGAAAUUCUAUACCAUGGCUCAUGUGCGGAAACACAUGGUUGCACACACGAAAGACAUGCCUUUUACAUGUGAAACCUGUGGAAAAUCAUUCAAACGCAGUAUGUCACUCAAGGUGCACUCCUUGCAGCAUUCUGGAGAGAAGCCCUUCAGAUGCGAGAACUGUGACGAAAGGUUCCAGUACAAGUACCAGCUGCGCUCCCACAUGAGCAUCCACAUUGGGCACAAACAGUUCAUGUGCCAGUGGUGUGGCAAGGACUUCAACAUGAAGCAGUACUUCGACGAGCACAUGAAAACACACACUGGAGAGAAACCCUUUAUCUGUGAAAUCUGUGGCAAAAGCUUCACCAGCCGCCCCAACAUGAAGAGGCACCGCAGAACUCACACAGGCGAGAAGCCCUAUCCAUGUGAUGUGUGUGGCCAGCGGUUCCGCUUCUCCAACAUGCUUAAGGCCCACAAGGAGAAGUGCUUUCGGGUGACCAGCCCCGUGAACGUGCCGCCUGCUGUCCAGAUCCCACUGACAACUUCCCCGGCCACCCCAGUUCCUUCUGUGGUGAACACACCCACAACCCCAGCCCCUCCGAUCAACAUGAAUCCUGUAAACACUCUUCCCCCUCGACCCAUCCCUCACCCCUUCUCACACCUUCACAUCCACCCACACCCUCACCACCCUCACCAUCUCCCCAUCCCCCCAGUCCCUCACCUGCCCCCACCUCCAGCUCUCUUUAAGAGCGAGCCUUUAAACCACAGAGGCCAGGGCGAGGACACCUUUCUGCGGCACCUGGCGGAGAAGAGCACGUCUGCGCAGCCUCAUUAACAUCCGUCUCCUUACGUGCGUUCUCCGCGAGUGCAGUGCCCACGUGUGAGUUUGCAGAGAGGAGUGGGGGAGCGUUUCUGUGGCUGUCAGACUCUCCUCAGCCUCCGCCAAGAGCUUUGUCCUUGUCUUGGUGAGUCAGCACAUCCAAGGGGGUGAACAAGCCACCCACCUUAAGCUCACGGAGGGAACUGUCAUCUAAACCAGGGGAACCACCAAACUAAAGCCCGAUUUGCUUGCAUUUUCUGGUGACUUUUAUAAAUUUCAGAUACUCAGACUUGUGGAAUUUUAUAAUUUCAUAUCAGCUGAUGAGGUAUGCUUGCUUUUAUAUCCUGGACUUCUCCUCAAAGAGGGGACAGACCUGGUUUCCUUUGUACUAAUCGGGAAGGCUGUGAGAUUAAUCCAGAGCAUUAAUUGUACCACUGUGUAUCGUAAUUCUUUUCAGCUUUUGGUGCUGGCUACAGAGUUGAGCUAGCCAUGUUUCACAGUAUAUCAAGCAUUAUAGAGAAAGAUGGACAUUUUCUUCUUUGUGUAGCUCUCCUAACGCACUCUUUAUUUUACUACAGAAAUUAUUUUAGAGUUUUUGUAUAGACUUCUUUAGUAGUCUGUUUCUAAAAUGAAAUGUAUUUCAAUAAGCAGUGUAAUUUUUUCAGUGUAGCUGGACCUAUGUUGUAAAAUAGAAAAAAAUUUUUAUAAUCAUCAAAAUGUGAUUCUUAAAGAUGCAUAUAACUUCUAUAGUUCAAAGUUAUUCUUACAUCCGUACAACUCAAAGGUGCUUCAGAGACUAGAUGUAUCUGAGAAGGUCUCCAGACCAGGUUACAGCAAAAAUAAGGUUUUGCUUUCAGAACUUGGCGUUAAGUUCUUGUUAGUUUUUAAAUCUCUGCUUAACACUUAAGUGUCUGUUGGGCUCACUGACAUGUUCCUGUCCUCCAUGUUUCAUUCGGUUCAGUUAGUGCGUUAAGUGGAUGAUUUGCAGAGUAUUGGGCCUUUUCCGUAGAAGUCCCCUGAAGCUGGCAGGUCUUGAACAUCUGAGUAAAGCUGUUCACUGCUAAGAGGAGGAAGUAGUGGAGAUUGUUUCAUCCCAGUCACGUCUUUUCUCACUUCCCUAUGAACUGUGUUCAUGUUCAACCUUUAUGGGAUGACGAAUUGAAGUCUCAUAAUCCACUUCUUGUUUUGAGGUUGCUUUAUUUUUCCAGAAUUGUUAUGAAAAAACAGCACACUAAAAUCACAAAUGUGAUGUUGCUGAUAGUAGCUGAGAAAUUUGGAUGAGAACAUAAAUUGCUUCUGAAUUUUAAAAUGUUUAUUGUAUCACUGGAGAGAUCCAGAACUUUGAGCUAGGUAUUCCAACACAGUUUGAAUUGCAGUGAGCGAACGAAAGCGCCUACAUUUUGCUGCCCUGUCCUCUGCAAAUAAUAGCAGUGUUCCGAGGUGAUGAGGACAGCAGCACCCGAAUACCUUUAGGCAGGUAACUUUUUCAAGUUUGGGGAACUUCAAAAGAGCACAAUCAGGAGCUUAUUAUAGGAAAGGCUGACCAGAAGGGUUAACAUGUAUUUAACUGAUCAAAUCUUAUCUAGACUCAAUUAUAGCUAAAAAUUUUGUAUGAUUUUUAUCUCAGAGUUCCAAAGCUCGGUUUACUUUCUCUCUCUCCCUCACUUGAUUUUUCAGUCUUGAAAUUUCUUCAUUUUUCUUUCUUCAGGCUCUUAAAUCAUGGCCUGAAUCAACCCUGGCUUUUAUUUAUUUUUAUUUUUAUAUUAAAUGUGCAGACAUACUUCAAGCACUUUUCUGGCUGAUUAGCUCUGUAGUAGGAAAAAAUGGAACUCUUUCCAUUGAGGUUAAGUCCCUAUUUUUAAAACAUUGCAUUCUCUACUAGCUUUUUGGUGUAACAGUUCCAUUUUUUUUUCCUUCUGAUUAUUGCCUUUGUCUUCUAUAAUGAGCGUAGAAAAAUUUUGGAAUGAGGCAGAAAAGUAUCUCAUUAAACACUUUUCUUCCUGUUUUUGGACAUCAUUUCUAAAGAAUGUUAUUUUACAUCUUUGUAUACAUUCUUUGAACACCCAGGUACCCAAACUAAUAAGGAAAGUUAAUUCCUUGUUUUUGGGUGUUGUAUCUUGAAUGUCUGCCUCCCGUUACUCCCACAGUCUCCUUUGCCUUCCACGAUGAGUUUGAGGAUCUACACCUUUACGUAGAUAUAACUAUCGUUAUUUCAUUACCACGCCUAUAAUAUUCAAAUGAGUUUCUUUUUUUUAAAAGAUGUAAAUUGCGGCUUAAUUAAUUGGCCAUACCUUAUUUUGUUCUAAUUAAAUUCACAUUUAAUUAGUUAUUGGGCAGCAAUUCUGAAUUCGAGACUUGAGGCCAUUGAAUCAACCGUUUUAUGAGGUGUACUAUAAUUAUACACUGGAAAAUUCAGGUAGUCGUCUUUCAUUUUCUUAUUCAAGUGAAUAUAGCCAUAAGAAAGUAUCUGCUACAUAGGAAAACCAGUAUUAAGCAAAUAAUCACCACCACCCUUAACAGAAGCAAAAAAGGAUUACUAUUACUUUUUAAAUCACCAUUGUCACCCAGUACAGUUCUAGUUAAAUGGAUUGUGGAACAAUCUGGAACCUUCCCAUUUUUUUCCUUAUAUAAGUAUACCUUUCCUGACGGGAUUUCUGGUCUUCAGGAAAAUCUGCCAGAACAUAAUGGCUCCUCAUCAGUGUCAUAUUACAUAUGAAUAAUGAAAUGCAUUAAGAAUAUUCACAACUUGAAUGCUUGUGGAUGUAAGAACUGUGGGAUUAAGCCUUAAACGUGUGUGCUGCAGGUUUUAACAUGCUUGAGACUCAAACUCAGGGUUAAAAAUUUGAUUGGGAUCCUUUACUAAGAUAAAAGUUACAUUGUGUGGUGUGUUCUCUCCCACAUAUAGUACAGCACCCCAUGACUUCUUCAAAACUUAUACUUGCUAUCUGUUUAUGAAAAAAGAACUAUGGAGGAGUUUGAGUUCUCAGACCUUAUCUGUACUUAAAUAAGUCUUUUAAAGACAAGUAGGGCCACAACUCAGCAUUAUGCAGAUCAACUUGAGGCUGCUUCUCAUUACUUAGUUUUACUGUCUCCAAAGGCUUGUGUCAUUGCUAGGGUUAAGACUUGAGGAAAAUUCCCAAGGACUUUCUUGAGUUGAUACUGCCUUUUUUUUUUUUUCUUUUCCUAUUCUUUUCUCAUGGAUUUUUCAUUCAGAUAUAAACUCUUAGCCUUAAUGAAAGGCUGCUUGCUGCUUUCUCACACUGAGUCAGGUAAGCUAAUAGUUAGAUUUUUUAAUUUGAAUGAAGAAAAUAACAUGAACAUUUUAAAGGCCUGCGGCUUCAUUUCCACAUAUAUUUGUGAUUUGAUUCUUAUUUUUAGCCGGCAGGGAGGUCACCACAUAAAACUUGACAGUAGUUCAAAGAAACCUUUGCAAAUCAGUCACGUAUGCUUUUACAGUCUACCAUGUACAUGAACCAUUCUAAAUUAAUGACUGAGCAUGGCCAGUGCCAAGGUUGUACCAUCUUUUCAAAAGCUACAUUUGUUGGAGGUACCUUUUCAUUGUGGUUAGAUGCUCCCUAUAAUUUGAUUGUCCCUACUAUACUAACUGAAGGCAAAAUAUGUCAGAGAUGCUUGUAAACUUUGAAUUUCCUACUUCUUGAAAAAUUUUGCAGUUUUCAUGUUUGUUGAAUGGAUAUGUAUGUUUAGUUUCAUUUUGAUUUCACAGGAAGUUUUAAAUUUUGAGACGAUCAAGCAAAAAUAGGAAUCCAAUGCAGAUGUAUAUAUAUUUACUCCAUCUUGCAGAUCUCAGUUAGUGAAACACAGAUGGUAGGUGGGGUUUUAUUGUAAAAAAAAAAAAAGAAA